AUGGCCCACGUCAAGCUGAACGAGGAUGAGCAGCGCCUACGGAGACUUCUCUUGGGCGCAGCAGAAUUCAUCGACAGGGCAGGAAAGGAGCCAGUCAUCCUGCGAUGGGCCGGUGGGUGGGUUCGCGACAAACUCCUGGGCACUGAAAGCAACGACAUUGACGUGGCCAUCAACGUGAUGACGGGCGCCGACUUUAUCACGCACCUCAAGGAGUAUCUCAGCGACGCCAGGGUCAUUGAGCACCACCAGCUCAAGGAGGACGAGGUGGGCAAGGUCUACAAUGUGGCGGCCAACCCCGAAAAGUCGAAGCACCUGGAAACUGCCUCCGUUAAAAUAUUCGGCCUGGACCUCGAUUUUGUGAACCUGCGAAAGGAGGUGUACAGCGACAUCAGUCGCAACCCGACCAUGGAGUUUGGCACGAUCGAGGAAGACGCGGAACGACGCGACGCCACCAUCAACGCACUGUUCUACAAUCUCGGCACCGACCUGGUGGAGGACUAUGUCGGCGGGCUGGCGGAUCUGCGAAAUGGCAUCAUUCGAACACCCACUGAGCCCCUCCAGACGUUCACGGAUGACCCUCUGCGUGUCCUUCGCCUUGUCCGGUUCGCGAGCCGCCUGCAAUUCGAGAUUGCAGAGGAAACCAUGCUUUUCAUGGGCAACGCAGGUGUGCUCGAGUCCUUGCGCGUGAAGAUUAGUCGUGAGCGGGUGGGCAUCGAACUAGAGAAGAUGCUUCGAGGCCAGUUCCCGCGCAGGGCGCUCUCCUUGAUCGACGACCUUGGCCUUUAUGAGGCCGUGUUCACAGACCCGAGCCAGAGUGCGGCCGUUCCUCCGUUGCGGCGGAAAUGGUCCGUGGCAUACAAGUGUCUUUACGACGUGAUGCAGAAUCACUCGCCCAUGUCAAUUUACGAUUUACUCAUCACCAAGAAGGAAGCCGAGUACAUGGCAUGGAAUCUCGCCGCACUAUCGCCCUGGAUGACGGCAGACCCAGGCUCCGAAGUCGAACGCAAAAAGAAGAGGUAUCUACCACCGCCUGCCAAGAUGGCCUGGGAGGGUUAUCGGGCAUCCAACAAGGUCAGCGAUGUCAUUGCUGCAUCCUUCAACAACCGGGCGGAGAUCAUGGAGCUCAAAGAGGAUAUCCUCGCCAAGGCACCCCGAGCCAGCGACAAUGGUAUCGUGGGCAUGGCCCUUCGACGCUGGGAGCUGUCUGGCAGCUCAUGGAAGCUACAAGUUCUGAAUGCCAUUCUCGUGGAUGCCGCUGAAAAGCUGGCUGUGUGGGACCUAGAUAAGAACCACGAUGAAGAGGCGGCAGAGCUGCAGAGGAACUUUCUCAAGGACUGGCAAGCCGUGCUCGACUGGCUGGUGGACCUCGAUGCCCUAGGGGCCGUCAACGUGAGGCCCUUGCUGACCGGUUUGGAGCUGAGCAAGGCUUUGGGAGUGAAACCUGGGCGGUGGACGGGGGCGGCGCUGAAUGAGUGUGUUCGUUGGCAGCUGCGUCACCCGGGCGUGACGGAUCCGUCCGGUGCGGUCGAAGAGAUCCGAGCGCAGGCAGAGCGGUUAGAUAUCCCGCUGAACCCAUGA